UAGUAGUUUUCUCUCUGUCUCUCUGUGUGUGUGUGUGUACAACUUUGCAGCCCCUAAAUAAAUAAAACGGUCAAUCAAAGUGUACUAUCUCUCCCUGACCUGCAGUGUGUGGCCAUUAUCUGUGUCGGUACCCAGCUGACCAGGACCUGCUGUGGGUGGUAGAGGGAGUGGGCGGACCCUACCAGAGAGAGAGAGUGGCCAACAAGAUCAAAACACUGAAUGUGGUGCUUCCCGUGGUGACGGCUAAUGGAGAUCACCAAGCAGCCUCUCUGGACAGCACAGACAUCAACAUGGAAGAGGGCUCAGACAACUGUCUGGACAUCACCGAGGUGCUGAAUAAGCCCCUCAAGUUAAUAGAAGCCCUGGAGGGCACACCAGUGUCAACACAUACCUGGAGUAGUGGACCUAAAAAGCGUGGCAGAGAAGAGAUGGAAGACUCUGAGGAGAUCCAGCCUCUGAAGAUGAACAGAUUGGAGGAGGCAGAGCCCACCACUACAGCUGUAGAGGGAGAGGAGGAGGAGGAGGAAGGAAGCGGGGGGGGUGAGACAGAGACUGGAGAAGCAGAGGCUGCUCUGUCCCCUAUAGAGGAAGCCAAAACUCAGGAGGCUGAGGUCAAAGGAGAACUGACUGAUGACCAGGGAAACGAGGAAGAGGUUGCCACACAGGAGCCUGAUGCUGUGCUGGAGAACAGAACGACAGAGGAAGAUGUGGAUACGAAGGAGGAAGAUUCCAUUGAGGCUAAAGACACCGUAGAUGCAGCUCCUGUGGCAUCAGAGGAAUUGGCUGAGACGGAAACUGUGGUGGAGAAGGAGGCUCCUCUCCUGUUAGAAGAACCAGCUUCUGCUACAGAGAAGUCCACUCCGCCUGCAGAGCCAGCCCCAGCAGAGCCCUGCCUCUCUGGGGAGGUGAUUGAGGAGGCAGGCGAACCUCCAGAGGAGGCCGCAGCUACACCCAUGGAAGGAGAGGAGGUAGAGGGAGAAAAGGAGGGGGCGGAGAAAGCAGUGAAGGAAGAGGAGAAAUCCAUGGAGGCGGCCAUCACAGUGGACAGCAGUAGGCAGGAAACAGUGGUCCAGGUAGGGGUAGCAGACCUAUCCUACCAGCCUCCGGAGGAAGGAGAGAACCAGCCUCUCACAGAGGAAGAAGGAGAGGAGGAGGCAAGAGAAGAGGUCAAGGGGACAAAAGAAAGAGGUAGAAGAGAUGGAGAACGUUACAACCACAGAGGAUGA